AUGAAGUGCCUCCUGCUUGCCCUGGGCGUGGCCCUCGUGUGUGGCACCCAGGCCACCAGCAUCCCCCAGACCAUGGAGGACCUGGACCUCCAGAAGGUGGCAGGGACAUGGCACUCCAUGGCCAUGGCAGCCAGCGACCCCCUCCUGGACUCCAAGAGCGCCCCUCUGAGAGUAUACUUCAAGGAGCUGAGGCCCACCCCUGAGGACAACCUGGAGAUCAUCCUGUGAGAAGGGUGGGCCAACCAGGCCUGCGUUGAGAGGAACAUCGUGGCCCAGAAGACUGAGGACCCAGCUGUGUUCACGGUCGACUAUCAGGGGGAGAGAACGGUUUCCGUCCUGGACACAGACUACACCCACUACGUGUUCUUCUGCUUGGGGGCCCCCCUGCCCAGCGCUGAGCACAGCACCAUGUGCCAGUACCUGGCCAGGACCCUGAAGGUCGACGAGGAGGUCGUGGAGAAAUUCAACAGAGCCCUCAAGUCUCUGCCUGAGCACAUCCAGAUCAUCCCGGACCAGACCCAGGGGCAAGGAACCAGGACAGCAUCUUUCUCCCACAGCAGCCCCCCAUUCCCCCCAGACCCCCCAGGAGGCAGAGCGCUGCCGCGUCUAGGUGUGCUCCUGCCCGUCCGCCUCCUGGGAAGCCAGGCUGGCCGCGUGCCCGCUCUCCAAUGGCCUUUCCGGGACAUCGUCUCCUGUGUCCUGGCCACACUCACGCUGACGGCCCCACCGCUCUUUCUGGGUGGGGAGGUGGGCGAAGUACUCAGUGACCGCCAGCCGCCGGCACACGUCCUCCACCACCCCUGCCCUAGCACCAUCACCAUGACCAUGACCAUCAUCAUCAUCUUCACUGACCUCGAGUCUCCCAGACUCCAGGGCCAGCCCCGGGAGGUGUGGUGA